CUCUCCAUUCUCCACUUUUCUUUUAUUAUUAUUAUUUUGGUAUCUUUCUAACACCCUCUUUGGUUUUUCUGCUUAAAAAAGCUUUCCAAUCUAGAAUCUCUCAAUUCUCAGUUUGAGUUCUCAUCAGCAUGGUUCUUCCACAUGGUGUGUUCCUUCUCUUCAUGCUCUCUUCUGCAACUUUGGCUUUGGCUGGAGACAUAGUUCACCAUGAUGAUGUUGCUCCAAGAAGACCUGGUUGUGAGAACAACUUUGUUCUGGUCAAAGUCCCCACUUGGAUUGAUGGUGUUGAAAACAGUGAGUAUGUAGGUGUUGGUGCAAGAUUCGGCCCUACUUUGGAGUCAAAAGAGAAACGUGCCAACCACACUAGAGUUGUCAUGGCUGACCCUCCUGAUUGUUGUUCCAAGCCUAAGAAUAAGCUCACUAGUGAGAUCAUUGUGGUGCAACGAGGAAAAUGUAGUUUCACAACCAAGGCAAAUAUAGCUGAGGAAGCUGGUGCUUCAGCCAUCCUCAUUAUAAAUUAUAGGACAGAACUUUUCAAGAUGGUUUGUGAAGAGAAUGAAACCGAUGUUGAUAUUGGAAUACCCGCUGUCAUGCUUCCACAAUAUGCUGGAUUAAACAUAGAAAAACAUAUAAAAAACAACUCCACAGUGUCCGUGCAGUUAUACUCUCCGCUGCGUCCAUUGGUUGAUGUUGCGGAAGUGUUUCUAUGGCUUAUGGCCGUUGGAACCAUUUUAUGUGCUUCUUAUUGGUCUGCUUGGACUGCUAGAGAAGCAGCUAUUGAGCAAGAGAAGCUUUUAAAGGAUGCUUCGGAUGAAUACCUUAGCACACAGAAUGUUGGUUCAAGUGGUUAUGUGGAAAUCAGUACCGUGGCUGCAAUUUUAUUUGUUGUGAUCGCUUCUUGUUUCCUGGUUAUGCUUUACAAGUUAAUGUCAUUCUGGUUUGUUGAAGUUCUGGUGGUUCUAUUCUGCAUUGGGGGAGUAGAGGGACUGCAAACUUGUUUGGUGGCUCUUUUAUCAUGUUUCAGAUGGUUCCAACAUGCUGCACAAACAUUUGUGAAAAUUCCCUUCUUUGGAGCUGUCUCAUAUCUGACAUUUGCCGUUACCCCCUUUUGCAUAGUGUUCGCUGUGAUAUGGGCAGUUUAUCGUCGUGCUUCGUUUGCUUGGAUCGGUCAAGACAUCCUUGGUAUCACACUGAUAAUUACAGUUCUUCAGAUUGUACGGAUACCGAAUCUCAAGGUUGGAACUGUUCUUCUCAGCUGCGCCUUCCUAUACGACAUCUUUUGGGUGUUCGUUUCUAAACGGUGGUUCCAUGAGAGCGUCAUGAUAGUGGUAGCUCGAGGUGAUAAGAGUGGAGAAGAUGGUAUCCCAAUGCUACUAAAGAUACCACGUUUGUUCGAUCCUUGGGGUGGUUACAGCAUCAUCGGUUUUGGGGACAUUAUCUUACCAGGGCUUCUAGUAGCAUUUUCACUAAGGUAUGAUUGGUUGGCAAAGAAGAGCCUUCGCGCUGGGUACUUCUUGUGGGCAAUGACUGCCUAUGGCUUAGGUCUCCUCAUCACAUACGUGGCUUUGAACUUGAUGGAUGGACAUGGCCAACCAGCUUUGCUUUAUAUAGUUCCCUUCACACUUGGAACCUUUCUGUCAUUGGGAAAGAAGAGAGGUGAACUCAAGAUUUUAUGGACAAGGGGGGAACCAGAGAGACCUUGCCCUCACAUGCAAGAAGAGGAUCAACAAUCACUUAACCAGCAUUGAUCCCUCUCAUCAGAUUUGUAUCUUAGGUCUAUUAGUACAUAGGAGAGUGAUAACAACUGAUAGGAGAUUUAUGUUACAUUUUGUAACUUCUCUUUGUAACAAAAAUUACAACCAAAAUAUAUAUUAUUAGAGAUGUCAACCAACUAUUUUAAUGGUGUAUGCAUGGAAAUGUGGAACUGUAUGAUGUAAGAUUAUUAUAUAUCUAGGUGGUUAAUGCCUUAGCCAUGAAUCAAGGUGGCAUGCAUGGACUUCUUCAAUCAAAAGGAGGGAAGACAUGGUAAAGGAUGAUAACACUAAGAGGCUCUACCAUUUCUACUUUAGCAAUAAUUUUGUAUAUUAUUAUUACUAUUAUGCAUAACAAGUUUGAUUUACAUAUAAUGGUUUUUCAUAUA